ACCGCCACAAAAUGGCGGACGCAGGCGCUCGAGGUGUGGGGGGAGGGGCGAAGGCCGCCACCGCCUGAGGGAACGGGACGGGGACGGAAACGGGCGCGGGGCGGUGCUGGGCCGGGUUCGUCCUGUCCUGUCCUGUCAUGUCCUGUCCCGUCUCCUCUCCUCCCGUCUUCCUCCCGCCCCGGCCCGGCAUCGGUGGCGUCUCCUCCUCCUCCUCCGCCUGCUGGGGUGAUUAACCAACCAAAGAGGUUAUGAAUAUCAUCUGUGGUCUGAAGUUGCCGGGCAGGAGCUGUAUUUUCUUUCGUUUGGCUUCUUUGACCAAGCAGGGGAAGUACAAUAAGCUCUACAAGUCUUACACAGGACAUUGCCAAAUUCAAGUCAGUUCUAUACAAGACAGAUGCCAAAGGCUGAAUUUGAGUGGAAAUACUAGAAACUAUUUUUUGACUGGAAGCCCUGACCACUACAGAAACUUUUUUGGUAAAGGACAGAGGUGUCUUUUGAACGUCCCAAAAACAGAAGUAUGGAAGAAUGCACAUCACCGUUCAGGAUGGUUUUGCUUUCAGUCCUCUCCGUUUCUGGGGGAGAGGAUUACGUCCUUCCAAAUCAGUUCUGCAGGGCAACACCCAAGUCAUUUUUCUGCUUGGAACAUUCAAAUCACCAGUUUUUUUCACACAUCACCAUUAAUUCAGGCUGCACCUGUUCCCCUUUUCUGGAUUAUUGUUAAGCCAGCUCAGAAACUAUUUGCUAUCAUUCUUGGCAGGAGCAUAAGAAAUUGGUGGAAGGCACUUCCUCCUAAUAAACGGGAACUUUUUAAGGAAAGUGCAAGGAGAAAUAAAUGGAAGAUACUCCUGGGUAUCAGUAGCUUAGGAGUUUUAUUUGUCGUGUUUUAUUUUACUCACUUGGAGGAGACACCCAUCACUGGGCGUGCCCGGCUGUUGGUGUUUGGAAAAGAGCAUUUUAGGCAGCUGUCACAGAUGGAGUAUGAUAUGUGGAUGGAGGAAUUCAAAAGUAAAAUGCUGCCUGAGACAGAUGCACGCUAUCAGGUUGUGAAGAGCGUUGUUGGUCAUUUAUCUGAGAGCAAUAAGGAUGUCCCACAGGUCUCGGCACUCGACUGGGUUAUCCAUGUGGUAGAUGAACCAGGAGUAAAUGCUUUUGUGCUUCCAAACGGUCAAGUAUUUGUUUUCACUGGAUUGCUAAAUGCAGUUUCUGAUAUCCACCAGCUGUCUUUCAUUCUGGGACAUGAAAUAGCUCAUGCUGUGCUGGAACACGCAGCAGAGAAAGCCAGUCUGGUUCACUUCUUGGAUUUCCUAUCACUCAUCUUUCUCACUAUGAUUUGGGCCAUCUGUCCUCGUGAUAGUUUGGCGGUUGUUGGCCAGUGGAUUCAGAGUAAGUUGCAGGAGUUUAUGUUUGAUAGACCGUACAGCAGAACGUUGGAGGCUGAAGCUGAUAAAGUGGGACUUCAGUUUGCAGCAAAGGCUUGUGUGGAUGUAAGAGCAAGCAGUGUAUUUUGGCAGCAAAUGGAAUUAGCAGAAGCCAUUCAAGGGCAGCCCAAGUUACCAGAGUGGCUCUCCACGCACCCUUCACAUGAGAAUAGAGCUGAGCACUUGGACCGGCUUAUUCCAGAGCUAGCCCAAGGCUGUCAACUAGAGAAUGCUCCCUACUAUCCUGUCUCUCCCGCUGAUGUGGAAUUGAACACACCUCGAAUAACAGUGCCUCAGAAGAAUGUCAGAUCCCCAGUAGAUUUCUUAAUAGCCCUAGUUACGAUAGGUCUCUGUAGAUUUUGCAGCCUGCUUUUUUCUUCAAAUCUUUCUAUUUGUUCCAUCACAUUAGGGAAAAAAUGUUACCCCACUCUAAGGACAUUGAGAUAAUACACGCGAUUGCCCAUCCAUCUGCAGUCUGUUCUGUAAUUUCUUUUGGAUUGCGCCUCAGAAGAAUGCCAUGUAGAUAGCUACUUGGGGAUUCUCUUAAUUUGGUGUAUUAUUUACUGGUAGAUUAAGCAAAAAUUUCUGCUGUUAACCAAGUGCUAGUUCUCUUAUUUGAGAACUGUUCCAAGUUCAGUAAUCUUAGUAUGUUUACUAUGUCUUUAAGCAGAUUUUCUUUUUUUUUUUUUUUACUACAGUAAAAUAACACGAUUUUUUUGCCUACUUAUUUGUUAGAUUUUUUUUAAGUUGCUGUUUAUUAGAGCUCUUCAUGACAUUGUUUUGCAAACAAGCUAAAGGAAAUUUGCUUUCUUAUAACAAACUGGCAAUUUCUUCUUCUUCCUGUUUUUUUUCCCUUUAAAUUCCCAAUCACUUACCAUCUUUCUCAGUUCUAAGCUGCAAAGACAGUUGAAGAUUUAUUGGCAGAGAGAGCACUAAAAUGUUGAGGUGUUUACUGAUUUCAAAGGAGGAAAAGAGGAGAAUUUUCAUGAAUCCUUUGAGAACGAAUGCAGUAAAUAUUCUAAAUGAUAGCAUAAAUCAAAACAGAGAUAAGGGGUAGGAGGUUGGAGAACGGCUAGACUGAAUAUUUUAAAUUAAUAUGCACAAAUUCUGUACCUUGCAAAAACAGGCUGUGAGAAUAUUUUGAUGAGCAAUAUUUUUAGAGCAGCUGAAUAGAAAAUGAUACACGUUUCUGGAGCCUUUUUUUUAGUUAGAUUGAACAUAAAGUGUUCAGAAUCCUUUAUUUUUUAUACAAUUAUUGACUGGCUUAUAACAUGGAAAUAAAUACCUUCUUGCGUUUUACUCCAGGACUGAGCAAAUAAGUUAAAUAAAUGAGCAACUGUGUAGUCAUAGCAGACUUAUUAUUAUUUUUGUCUUAUCUCUUGCAGUUUAGCAGGUGGAGUAACCUUUCAUCUUUUUAUGACUGCUCUCACUUACAAGAGCUGUGGAGGCUAGGAAACUUUCUUCCAAAGUAUGAUAGAGACUGAGAUGUUUUCAUUUGCCUUCUACCUUGCACAUUUUUUGGAGUAGGUUUAGAAAGCAGGGGCUGAAGGCUCCUUUUUAACAAAGGUUGACAGAUCAGUGAGGCUGAUACUGGAAAAAAUGGAAUAAAAAUGAAAGAAGUUAUGUGGAAGUGUUGUUGGAGGCUUCUCGUCUGAAGUGUUUACUCUCCUUUGAUUGAGAGCUGCCUCCUUGAAUCUGAAUUUCAGGCAUUUGAAGGGAAUCCCAGGGCUUUGCUGUUCAACGUCAGCAGCUUUUUAUUUCACCAUUCACAUACUUAAAGCAUUUUAGAACCGUAUGUUUACCAUAUAUUAAUGGCCAUUAGAUGUUCAGAGCCCAAGAGGAGAAGCUAGAUAUCUAAAAGAGCCUUUUUAUCUCUCUAUGAAGAAACUACUACUUAGACUCGGCAUCAGAUCCAUCAUAAGCAAGGAAAAAAGGCAGGAAUCCUAAAGAAAAAAAAUUCUGCUGGCUUUUACAUUCGUAUUUGGUUUUGAAAUUGCCCUUUCUCUGAAGAUGUGAAUUAAAUAGACCAGUUUGUAUUAAAGAUACUGAUAUAAAUGUUGUGUUUCAUAUACAGGUGGUUUUGAAGCUGUAAUGUUUUUUUAGGACAAGAUAAUAUCUAUUAUUAGACCAGCUAGCAUAGCUAGGAAAAAUAUGUGACAAGUUUUUGGUCUUCUCAGGAUGUGAAGAUGUUUCUCUACAGAUUUCUGAUCAAGCUCACAAUAAACUCUGAUUAUAUAAAAUGAAAAAUUUUUGUUCAGGUAAUGAAAUAGCUUGUCUCAAUGAGGCAACUUAACAGUCUCAGGAAAUGUAAAUUAAAGCAGCAAUAUCACAAGGAUUCUCUUUUCACAUAAUUAAAAGACAGGGAGCAAUCAAAUGAGUUUUAAAGAUCUUGCAUCUGCAUUUCUGAACAAGUUGUAAGCUACAGCUAAACUGAGGAAUUAAUAAAUAGAGAACUAUAAACAGUUGCAAAGUAGCACUCUCCUGGAAAGGAAAUAGAGAAAAUGAAAAAGAUUUGUCAUGUUUUUAAAGGAUUUCCCCCUCUGCCUGGAACAAUUUGGAUUGUACACCAGGAGAACAGAAUAUGCCAGCCAAAUGAUAACUCUGUUAAAUAGGAGACUGUAAUCUCCUAGAAUUCCUAUGUGGAAGGUGGUGAAAUGCUCAAAGGCCCUAUGCAUUUUAUUUUCAGAAAAAGAAAUCUUAAAAUAAUGUUGUAGUACAGUAGCUUAUCAUUGUUGUGGAGAGAAAAAUCAUGGAAGUAUAGAGCCAGAGAGCAGCUAAAGGAUCUGCUGGUUCAUCUCUGAAUUUUUUAUUUUAUUGUUCUCUGACUCACUAAAGCUUGUCUACCUUUUUCCUUGUAAGUUGUCCAAACUGAACACAGUACAUCAGCUGAAGCUUCAGCAAUACUGAAUAAAGCAGAAGGUUAUCUACUGAGCCUUUGCCUGUGACACAAAAAUUCAUCUUGACAUGACAUUUGCUUUUUUGGCAUCAUGUUGUUCACUCAGAUUCCAUUUUUGAUUCACUCCAACACCUGUUUCCAACACUUCCUUGUGGAAGUACCGUACUGAAAUCAUUUCUAGAGUCAGUUACUAAGUUGGGACAUGUCAUUUCUACUGCUCUCUUUUGCCUGCUAGGCCAAUUAAAUUUAAAAAAAAAAAAAUUAUUUUGGCAAGAUUUGUUCUUGUCAAAUCCAUGUUGGCUGUUUACUGUUUUUCUUAUUGCUUGGGUAGUUAUUUACUUUAUUCCUCUUUCAGGUGUCUAUUGGGGUAUUAAAGAUACAUUUAUUUUACUUCCUUUUCAUUUCUUUCCCUUGCUUUUCAAAAAGGGGAUGGUAUAUUUGCCUUCUGUUAAUGAUGUGAAGAUUACCUGAGAUAGUUCUAGUACUAGAGCAUACUAAUAUAAGUCCUAUCAAUGUAAGUAUUUGUCGGAAAAUAACAAAAAAUACUGACCUAUGUUUCUAUCUUCUCCAUAAUUUAAAUAUUUUGUCACAAUUUUCCUUUCCUGUGCCCAUAGAAUCACUGGAAGAUGUGAAGUAUUAGCGUUAUAUGUCAGUUGCUUUUCUUUCUCUAUCAAGUAACAAAUCUAUCCACUCCUAAUCAUCUUUGUACUGCUACUUCAUUUGUAGAACCCGUUGUUGUCUUCUAUGCCUGCUAAUUGUAAUUCAGUUUGCAACUCAGCUUUUCUGAUUUAUUUUGCAGCAUGCUUGUGCUAUUCCUUAGUUUUUGUCAGAGUUGCAAGGCCAGACCAGAAUUCAGCUCUGCCAAGGUAAUUACGGUUUAUACAAAGAGAAUUUUAACCCUUGGCCUUGUUUGUGGAGUUAAGAGGGUGACUUUUAGCCUGACAGGUAGGAUUUGCUCCAAAAGAUUAUAAGGGGUCAAGAUGCAGUUAGCCUGCUUACCUGUGACAGUGGUGAAAGAUGAGCACUGGGAGAGGAAAAAAUACUUUUUUUUCUCCUGUAUUUGUCUUGCUGUUAGGUUUUAUUUGAAAGCAUCAGGGUGAGGCAGGCCUCCCUAGUUCUUACGCCUUCUCCCCUUUCAAUACCUUGCAGGAGAUGGCUGCAAUUAUAUUGAUAAGAAAAACAGCUUCACCUUCGCUACCUUACAAGCAGUAAUAUUGAUAUCUUAUUUGAUGUCUUCUGAGCCAGUAAGCACUUAGGUGGUCUUUAUUCUGAAGAGUAAUAUUUCUUUCUUAAAGUUAAUCUGAAAAGAAUAGCAUUACAGUGCUCUUAAUUUCCAGGUGCCUCAAUGUACUCACUCUAGCUAGUUAACCUUGUCUCGGUUCUGUCCAUUGUCUUUAUUCAGAACAUUCUUCAGUAUACAGAUGAUGAAACAUUUUCUUACUGAAAUUGAUAUGCAUUUGCUUCAUUAAGAAUGCUUUUACUCGUCUUUUUACCCAAACUGAUGGAAAACAAUUUAAUUGAGCCAUAUUAAAUUAUCAGAUUUGA